UCACUUCCUUACACUCACUCAGAGUGCUGCUUCCUGCUCGUUCUUCUCUUUUGAGCCUCUAACGUUUGUCACUGAUGCUCUUUAAAGUUCCCGUGGAGGAAAAAGUGUCCGAGCGUCCAGAAGCUGCCAAGAAACCGGUCGCCACUGUCGUCACCGCCAAAGACGAAGCGGUGAAGAAAGACAAAGCUCCGAUGCUCAAACCUAAACCAGUUCCCGAGGAGACGCCACGGAAAAAAGAACCUCACGUGACCGAGGAGGUCGCUGUGUCGAAGGCACCUGAAAAACUACCUGAGACAGAAGCGAAGAAACCUGAGGUGAAGGUCAAACCCCCCGAGAGGGUUCCAGAGAAAGGACCGGCACCUGAGAGGAAAGUGGACGAGGUUCCAAAGAAGGUGCCGAGUCCCGAGGAAAGAGUCAUUGAGAAGAAACCUGUGAAGGUUCCUCCGAGAGAAGAGAGGAAACCAGAGCCUGAAGCUAAAGCUAAACGCGAAGUGGCAGAACCUCCUCUUAAAGGUACAGCUGAGACAUAAACGCAUCUCUUUCAUCCUGUGCUGAGCAUGUGAGCAACAGUUCAGACAUGUAGAGUUUAAAUCGCGAUGAUCCGACAUUGUCAGGUCUUAUUCACGAUAAGUAGCAGCAGCUAAUCGUCGGUAAAUCAUUAACAAACAACGA